AUGAGGCGUGUCUGGAAGCUAUUGUUCGGACGAUAUCUAUUGGUAACAAAUACGGUUAGUUCCGGUGUGUUGAUGUUGGCCGGCGAUGUGGCAGCACAAGAAAUUGAAAGCAGACUGGAGAACAAACAAAAGUCCAACUCGCAGGGGUACGAUUUGCAGCGGAUGUUCAAUAUGACAUUGGUUGGACUGUCCCAAGGUCCAUUGCAUCAUUAUCUGUACAAAUGGAUGGAUGUAUUACUUCCCGGUGCUGCGGUACGGACGGUGUUCAAAAAAAUCGCUAUCGACCAAUUUGCGAUAUCUCCCAUCUUCAUCGUUACGUACCUCUAUAGUGCCGGUUUACUGGAAGGUUCAACCGUGACUGAAUGUACCACCGAAUUGCAGCAGAAGUACUGGACUAUCUAUACAGCAGACUGGCUCGUGUGGCCUCCGACGCAAUUCAUAAACUUCUACUUAAUCAGUCCAAAAUACCGUGUGCUGUAUAUUAAUGCUAUUACCAUGUUGUAUAAUGUGUUUCUUUGCUACAUCAAGCAUAACGACGAUCUCGUUACGCAGCUAACCGGGAAAGCACGCAAAAAAGAGGAACCUUCGGAUGCCUCUUCGUGA